GGGCCGGGGCCGAGGAGCAUGCGCGCUGGGAGCGAGCGCGGAGGCGGGGGUUGCUACGGCAACGCGGAAGAACAAAGGACUGUGAUACACUGUGAUGAUAGGGUUUGUGAGAGCCAAGCAACUUUUCCUGAUUCAGCAUGUUAAAAAAUAAGAGUCAUUCAUCUAAAAAAGAUAACUUAGCAGUCACCGCAGUUGCUUUACAAGAUCACAUUUUACAUGAUCUUCAACUUCAAAAUCUUUCAGUAGCAGAUCAUUCUCAGACAAAAGUACAAAAGACAGAGAACAGAUCCAAAGCUCUAAAAAGAGACGCAAAAGCAAUAAUAGACACAGGACUUAAGAAAACUACGCAGGGCCCCAGAGUGGAAGAUCCAGAAAGAGAGUAUGUUCUUGAUCCAAAACCACCACCGUUAACUUUAGCACAGAAGCUGGGCCUCUUUGAGCCUCCCCCAUUGCCACUGUCCUCAGACGGGUGGGAGAAAGUGAAGCAGAGGUCCGUCCUGCAAGGAGAUUCCAUGCAGCCAUGCCCGAUAUGUAAAGAAGAGUUUCGCCUCCGUCCCCAGGUGCUGCUUUCAUGUUCCCAUGUGUUUCACAGAGCAUGCCUUCAGGCCUUUGAAAAGUUCGCAAAUAAGAAAACCUGUCCUCUCUGCAGGAAGAGCCAGUAUCAGACCCGAGUGAUACGCGACGGGGCCCACCUGUUCCGAAUAAAGUGCGCAACGAGAAUCCAAGCCCACUGGAGAGGGCACGUCGUUCGAAAGUGGUACAGAAACCUGAGGAAAACAGUACCUCCCAGCGAUGCCAAACUACGGAAAAAAUUCUAUGAAAAAAAGUUCACAGAAAUCAGUCACCGCAUACUGUGCUCCUACGACACCAACAUAGAAGAGCUCUUUUCAGAAAUCGAUCGCUGCCUGGCCAUAAAUCGAAGUGUUCUUCAGCAGUUGGAAGAAAAGUGUGGCCGUGAGAUCACAGAAGAGGACUGGCAGAAAAUCCAAAUGCAGGCUCUUCACCGGGAGACCUGCGAGUGUUCCAUCUGCCUCACCCCUCUCUCCCUCGGCAGCGACGGUCAGCCUGCAGCCGUGGGGAGGCACCAGCGUCCCCGAGAGACGGUUCUCUUGUCCUGCUCACACAUGUUCCACCACACGUGUCUUCUUGCUUUAGAGGAGUUCUCCUUGGGAGACAGUUCUCCUUUCCAUACUUGUCCUCUCUGCCGCUCUAGUUACCAGAAAAAAAUUCUUGAAUGUUGACUUUAUAUUCAGGAAAAGUUAUACAAUUCUAAGAAAAAAAGUUUACCUUUAUUUUGGAUUAACUGCAUGAGUUUUGGGUUAAAUAUUACAAUGUAAUCUGUUCUCCAGUGAAAUAAACUCUUAGUAACUGUACAUAGGAAAUCUGUAUUUUAAAAGCUGACAACCAACUAGCUUUAGUCUUUAGUUUAUAAAAAGUAAAUAUCAAAAAAAAAGUAACUAUCAAAUUCAUGAGUUUAAUCACUCGAUAUAAAUGAGG